AUGUCUAUACUGGUUGUUGAUGAAAAUGAUGCCCUGAAAUUCAUGGAUUUAUCAACUUUGAUUUGGACAGCUCCAGAAGAAAAUUUUUGGAUGCUUGAAACUAUCGUGUUUUGUAUUGGAUCUGCUGGUGCUGCUUCAGAGAGUGUUCAAGAAGAACAGAAGAAGCUAGCAAUCAAUGAUCAUGACUCUGUCUCACCAGAAACUGAUUCAAAGGAUACUGAUGCUCAGGUCAGUCCAGCUGAAGAAGUGAAUAAUAGAGAUACCACUACUCCUAAUGAUCUUCCAAGAGCCUGGAAAUUUGCUCAUAACCAUCCCAGGGAGCUUAUAAUUGGUGAUCAUUCUGAAAAGAUCUCUGAAGGGAACAUUGCUAGUGGAAAUGAGGAACCAGAGCAGGCUACCCAAGGUGAUGAAACUGUCACAAGGUCUUCUAGUAAAAGAAAAAGGACUGCAAAGGGGAAGAGAACUCCCCAAUCCAAGAAAAAGCAAUCUGCUGAUCCCUCUGUUGAUCAGCAGAAUGAAGAAAACACUACUGAGAGUCAGCCAACACCUGAACCCUCCAUCAGGAAGUCUCCAAGGACAAGGACUGAGACUCAAAAUAUUGGUGCAUCUGCCACUCAAACCUCAAAAGGGACACGUUCUGGGAAGAAUCCAGUAUCUCAGCCUGUACCUGAACCCGUUCCUCUACCAAAGUUCAUCGAUGAUGAAGCCAGAGACAGAUUUGACACUGAUAGUCGUAGGAAGCUUUCCUAUGACAGAUUUCUGACCCCUAUUUUUGCUCAUUUUGAAAUACCCUUUUCUGGCAAAUCUCCAAAAGACAGUGCUUCAUCAGUUUUCUCCAAACCUUAUUUUGAAAGAAAGAACCCAAAAUUUUUUGAUGGUCAUUGGUGCUACAAGGAGACUGUGACCGAGUCUAGAAGAAAAAACUUGCAUGAAACCCCUGUCACUCCUAGAACUCCCCAUGAUCAGUCAGACUAUGUUUCUCCUUUCACCAUUCAUUCUAGAAAGUCUGCCAGUAAGUCCUUCUCUUCCAACUCUGAGGUCAUCUCCUUGCUUGAAGACCUCAAACAGCAUGUUAUGCUUCUUGAAGAUGGUCUCAUGAUGACCAUAACCUCUGCCCAACAAUCCUCUUUCCUUGAAAAAAGGAAUCUUCUUAUGCCCCCUAUACCUGAGACAAAUGAGACUGCUCAUCAAAAAGAACCAAGAUCUGAGCCCACAGGGCCAACUACUGGUAAUGAGACCACACCAGCUUCCAGUUCUCAGCCCAAGGAUAAAGGCAAGGCUCCAGUAACUGAGGAAGCAUAUGAAGAUGAUGAUGAAGAAACUGAGGAAGAAGAGGACCCUGAACAGUAUCGUCUGACCAGGAGGAGGCCUGGAUCAUCUAAAAUCACCAUCUAG